UCUACGGUGAAGUCUAGCUAUUAUGGCCUCGGACUUCCAAUUCCUAACGAACACAGUAGUCUACGUGUACGUACACAUAUUUUGACUGUCUAGAGCACGUGACAGCGACACACCACUAGAUGGUUCGAGUACAUGUACUUGGUCUCCAGUUCCUUAUUCUGGUUUCUUCUUCGUCUAUGACUAAACAAUGUUCAAGAGAGCGCUGUCGCCUUGCCCGCGGUGUGUUGAAUAAGUAUUUCUUUCCUCUGUUCAAGAAAUGGCAAGGACGAGUAAGCAAACGAUGUCCAUUUCGUCGCUCUGCUGAUAUCUAUUUCGAACAAGAAAGAAAGAAGACGGAAGUGGAUGCCAGACACUGGAAAUGCGAAUUUUGUGGGAAAUCGUUUUAUUCAGAGUACUUUACAGACCAACACAUGGAGAGGAAACAUGGAGAUAUGAUGGUGACUGAAAAUCCUGUGUGCCUUGCUAACUACUGUGACGUGUUGAGAUGCCAUGCCGUACAAUCUACAGUGCAAAACAAUUCGCCACUCCAAGACAGCUGCAAUGAAAAUGAGAUGUUGAGACUUAAGGCUCGAUGCGAGACGCUCAUUAACAACUGCAUUGACUCCAGUUCUACUGGCACUCCUUAUCCUCACCAAUUGUAUGAUGACCUUCACAUACAAAUUUGUCAAUACCUAACCUGUGAAACAUUCUUAGAGCCAGUUGGACAUAAGACUUGGAGUGUGUGGUGGUAUGCAGUCGCCUUCGUUGUAGUUGCCUUCGUCAUACUUCUUGUUGUUGUUGUGUUCUGCGAUCCAUUCUCAGACGACACAUCUGGCAGGAGACGUCAACAUGACCACAAGGCACACGUAAAUGCCAAUUUAUCGACAUAUAGAGACGUUUCAACCACAAGACAAAGGAAACAUUUCAAUUUACAUCAGUAAGGAGAUCAGAAAGAA